AAUGUGCCAUAUGGCCACGCAGCAGGCAGCCUUUGGGCUGAAGAACACUGUGGGGAAACAAUUCGGGACUUGAGUCUCUGAAGAGCAAGUCGUCGGGGAGACGCCUUGCAAAAACUCGGCUCGCAGGAUGCGCACAUUUCUAGACAUGCCGCAACAGUUUAAAAAAACAGAUUUCUUAAGCAGAAAGAGGUUUAGAAGGUGGUCAUGUGCCAAGAUCCUGAGGGUGAGGUGCCAGAAGAAUGCAGCAUUUCUAAAAUGGGUGCAGGUAACAGAAGAACAUUUGAAAGGUGAUAAUGCGGGAUCACACAUCCAGUGUUAAUGUGGAAGAGCUGCUGAGGCACUCUCAGAUGGAGUUACAGUGGAUCCAGAGACAGCUGGCCACGAUCGCUGCCAGGAAUACAAACCUUCACCACAUACACGCCAAGGCAAAGGCGGAGGUUUCAUCCCGGCUCGGCUCUUCAACUCAAAACCUGAGUCGCUUUCGCCUCCUGGAGGAACGAAAUCAAGUUUUGAGACGAGAAGUGGCCGCUCUCCGCCAAGAGAGGCAACAGUACCGCAAACUGAGAGUAAAGCUCCAUACUACUUUGCAGGAGAAAAAUCGUCUCAACCUCGAGCUGAUUGGCCAUCACCUGAAGGCCUCCAAAUAUGACCAGGUCCAAUCCGACUUUGCUCGGCUGAAAGAGACGCUUUCUGUGGUGAGCCGAGAGAGAGACGCGGCCCAACAGCAGCGCAACCAACUUGAGGGUGAAGUCGAGAACCUGGAAGAGGUUCUAAAGCAUAUGCGCAAGACUGAUGAGGACAAGCAGCGGCCACAGACAGAGCAUGAGCGGGCCGAGCAGAAAGAGAUCCAUCAGUUGCAAAAGGCCCGGCUUCAAGCUGACCGUGACCAUGAGCAAGCCAUACAACUGUUAGAGGUCCACAUUUGUGACCUGGGGCAGACAUGCGGUUCACAGAGUGAACACUUCCAUCAGUUGUCCAAAGAUCUGCUGAAUUUCCGUUUACAAUCCCAUUCUGUGGAGAUCCUCCUGAGUAAAGCCACCUCCGAAUCCUCCAAUUUCCUCUCAGAGGAGGAGCAGCUCCCAAAAGUCGCUGUCGGAUUUGAAACCCAGACAGAGGCAGGCGAUGAGAGAGCGCCAAACGCACCGCCACUGAUCUCCCAGUUCUUACAGUGCCCACAGCGGACUGGACACAGGGAAAGGCCAGAUUGGCCGUCCGUCAAAUCAGGCACCGUGAAAACGGAACUCGCCAGCUGCGCUCGGCGGCUGACACCAUCAGCGCUACAGAUGGAGGAUGAACCAAGCCCAUCACCCAGGUCCAAGCCCCGCUACACAGGCCAGGUCCGCCUUUGCACUGCCCGAUACAGUUACAAUCCCUACGAUGGACCAAACGAACAUCCCGAAGCAGAGCUCCCACUUGUGGCUGGGAAGUAUUUGUAUGUAUACGGCAACAUGGAUGAUGACGGAUUCUAUGAAGGUGAGCUGCUGGAUGGCCAGCGAGGACUUGUCCCAUCAAACUUUGUAGAGUUUGUCCAGGACAAGGAGAAGCUGUCCAUUCAAGCUGGAGAAGGAGAAGAUCUUGGCCCGGUUGAUCAUACGCCUCUAGCCUUGAUGCCCCUGGAUGGAGGUGCUGGCCAGGAUUGUCUCCUCGGCUCAGCGAAAGCCUUGGUACCCUGUAGCAACGGCACCGUGGGACCCCUGGACACUGGGGACCUGGCUGAAGACGUUGUGCCUUAUCCCCGAAAGAUCACGCUGAUCAAGCAGCUGGCGCGGAGCGUCAUCGUAGCUUGGGAGCCUCCGGUUGUGCCUUUGGGCUGGGGGAACAUCUCUGGCUACAACGUGUUGGCGGACGGCGAGCUACGAGCCAGCAUACAAUUUGGCGGACGUACCAAAUGCUUGCUGGAGAAACUGGACCUGGACGGAUGCAUUCACCGUGUGUCGGUACAGAGCGUCACCGACAGGGGAUUGUCGGACGAGCUGCGCUGCACUCUUUUAGUGGGAGCCAAUGUGGUGGUGGCACCUUGCGGCCUCCGGGUGGAUGACAUCCAGCGGGACACAGCCGAGCUCUCCUGGUUGCCAAGUAACAGCAACUACGGUCACACCGUCUUCUUGGACGGAGUAGAGCACACAGCGCUAAAGCCGGGGAGGUAUAGACUCCGCUUCUUCAACCUAAAGCCGCUGACGGUGUACAAAGUGACAGUGGCGGCACAGCCUCACCAGGUGCCAUGGCAACUGCCUCUGGAGCAGAGGGAGAGAAAGGAAGCGGGAGUGGAAUUCUGCACUCAGGCUGCAGGUCCAACACCCUAUUGCAGAACAGGUCCUCCCCUGCCUCCGCAAGAUGUACAGGUGCUCUGUGGGCAGGCACCCGGGGUCCUUCAGGUCCGCUGGAAGCCUCCCCUAUUGUCUCCCACAGGCACAUCCAAUGGUGCCAACGUCCUUGGCUACGCUGUCUGCACUAAAGGACAGAAGAUAGCAGAGGUGAUGUUCCCAAUGGCAGACUAUGUGACCGUGGAACUGACCAGGAUACAGUGCCUGGAGGCAAGGGAGGUCAUCGUCAGGACGCUGUCCGCACAGGGAGAGUCCCAGGACUCCCACGUCGCCCUCAUUCCAAACAACCUGCUCGUGCCUCUACCUCCGCUUCCUCUGCCAGCGCCGAUGCACCCCCAUCCCCACGGCCAGCCUCACCUUACGUCGCCUCACCACCCUCAUGUCAUCCCGCAGCUUCCUGCCCCGCCCCAAGCCCACGGACAACCACUCCCACAGCAGCCCCAUCCUCCACACCCUCAACCCCUCCCGGGACUCCCUCACCCAGGCGGGCCCCACCCGAACCAGAGUCGAACGCCGCAUCCUCAUCCUCAUCCGCAGCCCCUGCACCUCCAUCAAGGUCCCAGGCCCCAGCACCGACUGCCUCUGCAGCCCCACGCUCAUCCCCACCCCGUACCUCAGAGACCAGUAAGUGCCAGAGACCUGGAUGCCAAAGAGCAAGCCGGCCACCACACGGCCGCCGCCCCGCCCGGUUGGGACCUUACACGCUCCCCUUCGUCCCAGGCGCCUGUGCCCAUGCAGGGCCACACCCUUGAGCCCCCUCCACCUGGCAAUCCACGUUCCCCCUCCCCCCAGAGGAUCCUACCACAGCCGAGAGGCAAUCUCAUCCCAGACAAUGUGGCCAAAGCCAUCGCCCGGGAAGCGGCGCAGAGGGUGGCGGCCGAGAGCGGCAAGGGGGACCGGAGACCUGUUAGCUACGGCGAACAGGGUCAGUCCUUCCACCAGCGUCACUCCGAUGAGGAAGAGGAAGACGAGGAGGCGUUGGCACAUCGCCGACGAAGAGGACCUUCGGUCGAUGAGUUCCUCCGAGGCUCCGAACUAGGAAGGCCGCCUCACUAUAGUCACAAUGAAGAUUAUCACAGCGAGAGCAGCCGCGGCUCUGACCUGUCUGACAUCAUGGAAGAGGAUGAGGAGGAACUGUAUUCAGAGAUGCAGCUGGACGAGGGACGCCGACGCAACUCGCACAACACACCCAAGUUAAACACACCCUCGAGAGGCCGUCAUGACCGGGAGAGUGGGCAAAGGAUUCGUCACGGAGGCUCGCAGCCUCAGAGACGACCUCUGAUGGUCCCUGCCAUCGAUGGCUACCGAGAUCAUCAUUCUCCCACCUACUUUGAUGAGUCAGAGACAGAGGAGACCUUCCGGGUAUUUGUGGCGCUCUUUGACUACGACCCCCUGUCCAUGUCCCCGAACCCAGACGCUGCCGACGAGGAGUUGCCCUUCAAAGAGGGUCAAAUCAUCAGGAUAUAUGGGGAUAAAGACACCGACGGGUUCUACAGAGGAGAAGUGAGGGGAAGGAUGGGGCUGAUCCCAUGUAACAUGGUUUCCGAGAUACGAGCCGAGGAUGAUGAAACCAUGGAUCAGCUCAUCAAACAAGGCUUCCUGCCUCUCAGCACCCCGGUGGACAGAUUAGAGCAGAACAGGAGAGGCGUCCGCCGAGGUGAAGCCUCCAGGAGGAUGGUGGCUCUGUAUGACUACGACCCCCGAGAGAGCUCACCUAAUGUUGACGUUGAGGCUGAGCUGACCUUUUGCACCGGCGACAUCAUCGCAGUCUUUGGUGAUAUUGAUGAAGACGGUUUCUAUUAUGGUGAGAUCAACGGUCACCGUGGUCUGGUUCCCUCCAACUUCCUGGAAGAAGUGCCUGACGACGUGGAGGUGUAUCUGACCGAUACGCCCUCCCACUUCCACUCCGAGGAGCCUGCCAACCGGCUCUCUGCCAACUCUGCCGCCAGCGUCCCGGAGGGCAAACGGAUCACCCCGGAAACCCGCGUCGAUAACGACGUGACACCCGUACGCGCGCCGUCCCCAAUCGUUCGUCCGCUGCUGCCGGGCACCAUGAGACCACUCAGUCCGACAAGGAGAAUCCCCAGCCUUCCCCUGGACACCGGCAACCCUCAAGAUUUAGCCAACAAGAAGAAGAAAGGACUCCUCUCCAAGGGCAAGAAGCUACUCAAGCGACUGUCUCCUGCCAAAUAAAAGCCGACAUGUACAGCGUAGCCACUCCACUUUCUGAUGUUUUCUCCAGGACUGGAUGAGCCAGACUGAAUAUGGUUCAGUUCCUCUGUGAUCCAAAUCAAUGACGUUUUGUGUAGUGCCAUAAAUCAAGAUGGAAGCGACCACAAAAAAAAAAAACACAC